AUGAUAUUUAAGAAAAAAAAAAAACGAGGCCUCCGCAUUUAUAUUAUUGAAAAGUCGAGGCAAGGAAAUGUUGGUGUAAGGGAUUCACAAAUACGGCGCAAAUCGCAUGAUAAAAGAAAUAAGAUAUUAAACAUUACGGGGUGUAUAUCUUUGUCCUGGAUGAUUGCUAUUAAGCUAAUGGAUAAUGUGAGCUACACAAGGUAUAAAUAUAUGAAUGAUGUGCCUUGUUUCGAUAAGAUUCCUUAUAAGAAAGGAGUAACAAGUAGAUUUGGAUAUAAAUUAUUUGAAGCAAUGAGAAUUUUGGACAGACAUGAGAUUUUCAUUCCUAAAGAUAUUCCCAUAUUGUUUAUCUAUUGGGAGGAUGACGCUCUAUGUUAUUAUGGAGGAUUUGUAUCAUCUUUUAACAGACUGAAGAAUGAUAAUAGGGAGCUGCACAAUUUAGAAAAUAUAGAACUCAUGUUGGACGUCGAGCCUGAAAAUGAAAACGUUUUAAAAAAUAUUCUGAUGUGGCUCACGAAUUUUCCAAACGCAAUAAUGGACAGGAAAUGCAAUUUUGAAGAAAGGGGUUUAUAA